GGAUGAUGGCAGACCCGUUGCUGAGACAGUAUAGCGUCAUUCUCAUCGAUGAGGCUCACGAGAGGACCCUUCAGACCGACAUGCUCCUAGGCCUAUUGAAAAAAGUGCAGCGGCGGCGGCGGGACCUGCGGCUGAUCGUCUCAUCCGCCACGCUGGACGCCGAGCAGCUCUACCGAUUUUUCAACCGGAACGACACAGCGGACAGGGCCAAGGACACAGCGGCUGUCUUGGCGGUGGAGGGCCGAGCCUACCCAGUGGAGGUGUUCUACUUGGAAGGUGGGUGGAGUUUGGUGGAGUUCGGUUGA